AUGAAUUUCGCGAAGCAGAAAGACAAGUAUGCGACCGAUAGCAAGGGCAAAGCCAACGACAACAGCAGCUCCACCAACGACAGGGGUGGCUGGAAGAACGACUCGAAGAACGACUCCUGGUCGAAGUCCUCUGACUGGAGCAAGAGCAAGAGCGACUCUGGUGAUAGCUACAGCUACAACAACCGAGGAGCACAGGGCUGGUGUCUCGACUCACCCGAGCGCGCACAAGCGUUCAUUGUCGCCAGUGGUGCACUCAAGCUUGCAUGCCGCGGGAGGGCUCGCAGCAGCGGGAGGAGGAGGCGGAGAAGGCAGAGCAGCAGCGGGAUGUUGGUGCUAGAUGAUCCAGUGGUUUACACUCCGGGCGAUGUUUAA